CGAGAGUCCUUCAGGUACCGUCACAUUUGAAGCGUUUGGUAUAGCAGGGCUCUGCUACGCUUUGCCUUACCGCAGCGACCGCUUGACUACGAUUGAUGUCGCACGGUAGACCGCACUCCCAUUCAUGGAUUAUAGUGAGUGCACCAUGCCGUUGACUCUGACCGGUUUAGUCAGAGAUCGUGGAGGAAUUAGACUAAGUGGAGGGUGUGAGGCUAGUCGCGUGCACAGCAACCACCACUACGAUGUUAUCGUGGGGCUCGAUCUGGCGCUCAGGCCAGGACCCUGCGCCGGCGCCAAAGCGGUCGACGAUCGUCAAGACCAGGACGCAGCAUGUCGAGGUCAUUGGCGGGAUCGCGUCUCGACGACAGCGACGAGGACCGACGCAGGAGCAGCUCGGACCGCCGCGGCUUCCCAGCGAGCUUAUCACGCAUAUCGUCCUCCUCGCUGCUCUGCUCAUUCAUAACGACGAUAGAGGGCAGACUCUUGAGCUGGCGCGGGUGGACCGGCAUUCACAUCGCGCUAUACUCAACUAUGUGCUGCUCCCUCAAGUGGAUCUGUACGGCGUCGCCCAGGUCGAGGCCUUUGCCGCUCAGCUCCAGUCCAACGCCCUUAACAUUCAGUCGAGCGCCAGGCGGGUCCGGAGGCUCAACGUCGUCCGGUCGAGGACGUACGCAGGGCAGCGAAGAGGAAGAAGCGAGCAUACAUCGCUGUAUUCGGACAUCAUGGCGGCGAUGCACUUUGAGAAAGCUACCCUCGCGCCACUGCAGACGAUCCUAUCCUACUGCACCGACGUGCGACAUCUUUCGCUGGAUUGCACAGCCCGCGUACUGGACGCACGGUCCGAUGGAGAGCCCGGAGGUCUGUCAAUGCGCCCAAUCGACCUAUCCCUGGCCCGCAGGAAUCUCGAGGAGCUAGACACGCUGCAGUCCGUCUACGGAGGCGACCUCAACGAGAAGCUGUGGGAGUCUUCUUUCUCGCCUUGGACCAACCUCACCCACCUCCAGCUCCACGGUCCUCGCUUUCGCAUGACGGCAUCGACUGCAGUCUCGCUUUCGCAUCUGACCAAGCUCAAGCACAUCGGCCUCAUCAUGCCCCUCAUCGUGCCUCCGGCCUCCACUCCCACCUCGCUCGACAUUCAAGAUUCGUCCGCGAAUGCCCUGUACCAAACGGCCAAGGAUCAGCUUGGCCGGCCCUCUGUGCUGCAGCUCCUUGUCAACCUCUUGGGCGAACAGCUGGAGUCGCUCCUCGUCGUUGCUCACGACGUCGAAGACUAUGUGGGCAACAUUCAACGUGUUGGUUCGUGGGUCAAUGCGCUGCAUCAGCGUCGCCGGCGGAAGUGGCGCCGGGAUGUCUCGAGAAUGCGGUGGGAGGACGAUGAGACACGCAGGACAAGGGUCGACCUCGUCACAGCUCGCGCCCAUACCCGGCUGACGGGGCCCGCGAUCGACGUGCACCCGACAACGUACAGCAAGUGGAUGUUAGAACGGGCCCGAUUAGGCCUUCAGUGGACCUUUGAUGAAGGAGAGGUUCCAUUUCGCCUAGCCGAGGCCGACGAGGACCUCGUCAUCUCGUGCAAGAGAGACAGCUGGGAAAUGCCAAUUGAGUGGGUAAAAGAGCGGCCUCUAGAAGACAACAGUACAAGAGCAGACGACGACAUGGCACGAAGGUGGUUGGGGCUACCCGAGGCGGACAAUCAAGUAAGCGGUGCCUUUGAGGUCACGACACCGGAGGCAGAUGGAGAGGUCUUGGGGAUAGACAAUCUCGAUUGAUUUAUAGAUGCAACGGGCUAGAUUAGAACCGCCUCUAAUUGUAAUCUGGGUUCUUUGAGAUGAUCCAC